AUGCCAGUUAAGGAUAAAUAUAUUCCUCAAGGUUCUGGCUUCAGAAAUAGUGGCCAUACCAUAGAAUUGUCUGUGAAUUGUUUGAAGAAAGGCCAAUAUCGAAGAUGUGCCGCUGUAAAUGAAUUAGGUUUGUUUAAACCAAGUGCUUUCUCUGCCAUUCCACCAACCUACACAGCUCCACAUCCUAAUGUGUCUGGAAGAGAUUCAAAUAUGAAAGAAAGGUUUGAGAUAUCUGCCCUUCAUGGAAGGGAAACGGUGGUUAGUCAUUGCUUCAAUAAUAUUGAAAAAGAGAUGAGCUGA